AUGUAUGGACUGAUGGACCAGUGGGACAAGUACCUGGAGGAUUUCUCCAACUCGGGGGCCUGGCUGCCUCACAGCGGGCCCUAUGUGGACCUGGUCAAGGCUGGAGGCAGCACUGGGCUGUUGAUGGACUUGACCGCCAACGAGAAGGCCAUGCAUGCCCAUGCCGACAUCUUCAAUGACUUUGAGGAUCUCUUUGAAGAUGACAAUGUCCAGUGA